UUUGGUAAUUAAAAUCAAAUUCCCUCUCUCUCUGAUCUUUCGCUCUCGUGCACCCUAACCUCUGUCUCUUUCGCACUCACCACUAAAUCGAGUCCUAGCUCUCUCCUUCGUCGCUGCGUCUCCCCAACUUCGCUCAUAGUUGUCUUCAAGCUCGCCUCUUGGUGGUCGGGCUUUUUCUUUCUUUCUUCCUUCGUAAAUUGAUUGGUUGCUCAGUUUUCUUCAACAGAGUGCCUGCUGAUUCUGAUUCAAAAAGAGUAAAAGCAAGCUAAUCCUCAUCUGGUUAAUCAAAAAGCUUGCUGGAAGAACAAUGGUCGCUUUACUGUUUUUCACUCAAGCUUCUCCAUAAUUUAGAUGAUUUCUUGCCUCAUGAUUCUAGAUAUCAAUAUUAGUGCAAAGCGAGUUUGAUGGAUUUUGAUUUGGACCCUUUUGAGGAUAUACUUAAUCAACCGUCUUCUGUGCAUGCAGCUCGAGCGGGAGGGAAGUUUCAACCGAAGGCCAAACCACGACCAAAGAAGGGAACAUCUUCAUCACGUUCUUCUACGCUCCCAAGCAAUGCCAAGGAUGUUUCAUCAUUUUCAACAACCUUGGACACAACAAAAUCUGUUCGGUCAAUUGAUACUGUGGAUGAUGGAUUGACAAGUCCAGUUGAUUCUUCUUUAGUUUCACCAGCAUUAAUUGAGACUAAAGAACACUUGGAGAACGAUAAAGGUAACCUGAAAUUUAAGCCAGUGAACUCUUCAGGCUCACUUGUCACAGCAAGAGAGUAUAUUGCUUCUCCAGAUGUCGUGCCUUCAGAGAUUGUUGUGAGUAGUAGCAACAACAAUGAAGAUUCUAUGUUGUUAAUAAAAGAGGCAGAUUCUUUACAGCUUGAUUUGGACUCUCUUGCCUGCAUUGCUUCUGAUACUGCAAGCAAAGAGAGUGUUGGUUAUGAGUCUCAACCUAAGGCUGAACUUCAACCCACUGAUGAAACUUUCACAUCAGUCAGCUUGAAAAUUCCUGAUGGUUCAAAUAAUAAGUCAGAAUCUCUUCAAUUGGUUGAUGUGGCAGAUGAUGGAUAUAGGGAACCGGUAUCUUUGUCCUUGACUACAACUUUUGUGGAUGGAGAGCCUUUGAAAGAUUUUGAUGGUUCAUCCUCACAUGAAAAAGGGAGCUUGGAAGCAACAAACCUCUUGCUUGCAAGGAUGGAGAAUGUGGGCUCAAUGGAUGCUCUGGAUUCAGAGGCUACAAGAUUCGAUGGUAAUGGUAAUUGGAACUCUAGCUUUGUGAAAUCAGUUGAAGACGUAGGCUCCUUGGAGUUUGAUUUGGAUCCAUCAAAUAUUAUGCUUCCUGGUGCAAUUAAUUCUAGGGCUGAUGAAAAGUUUCAACCUAAGCCGAAUGCUAAGACCGAGUCCAAAAAUGAAAUUCCUGUGCCAUUCCCUCCGUUGCCUUCUAAUUUAACAAUGGAACAACCUGCUGCACUUGCUUUGGUUGACACACAUACGACACAAUCUGUUCAAUCUGUUGAUUUCAUGGAUAAAAAUAUGGACCCAGUUAGUUCAUCUUUGCCUCUGGAUAUUGAUAGAAAGGAACCUCUAAAGGAUGAUGAAUUUCUAUUCCCUGAUGAUAACUUGGAAUUAGUAAACCCCUCAUCCAAAGAACCUGCACACAAGCAGGAUAUUAGCUCCAAAGAUGCUAAGCUUGCAGAGGUGAGGUCCAAAAGCUAUGGUCCAGGGCAUUCUUCUUUCUUAGAAUCUGCAAUAGAGGUUGAUUCAAUGAUGCUUGAUUUGGAUCCAUUUGCUGAUAUCGUUCCGCCACCUGCUAUAGGCAAUGCACGGACUGGAGGCAAAUUUCAACCUAGAGUGAAGGCCCGGCCUAGGAAGGGAAAAUCUGAGGCAAUUGCUCUUGCUGUUUCUAGUACAAAUGCCUCAGAUAACCUGCAGUCUGCUAAUUUUGUUGAUACUGGAGAUGAUAGACUGAUAGAUCCAGUGCAUUCAUCUUUAACUACAUUGGAGAACAUGGAAAGCAAAGAGCCAUUGAGAAUUGAUGAUUAUUCAAAUCCUGGAGUUUACUUAUCCAAUGAAGACAGGAGUUCAGGAUUGGCAAAUUCUUCCCAGUUAGUGGCCAUCGAUUCUCUGCAUACAGGUGCUUCAAACAAGGAGACAGAGGGACAAUCUGGAAGUUUAGUUCCUAGUUCUGUUAAUUCUUCAGUACCCGGAGCAUGUGAUGUGGCAAACUUAGAUGCAGUGACUUGUAACGAAGCUGCUGUUCAGACCAAUAACGAAAGGCCAGAGCCAGAGUUUCAGGAGUCAGGGUCCUUUCCUAACUUGGAAAAUCCAGAUAUUCUAACUGAUUCCACCAUUGUAUCUGAGCAUUCCACCAGAAAAUUCCAGCCAAAACUCAAAGAACAAAUUGGGAAAGAGAAACCUACUGUUAGCAUAUUUCCCCCAGAUGCACUUGAGUCUGCCGUGCCUACCUCAGACAGUCACUUUGUUCCUUCUGUACCUUUAUACAUCAAUGAGGGUUCUAUUCCUUCCUACCCAUCAGAUGAUGUUUUUGAUUAUUCCUCUAUGAGCUUUGGCAACUUCGUUUCUCCAGAUCCUACUUUUUCUGAGUUUCCAGUGAACGAAGAACAAACAAACCUCACGGAAGCUUCUCACUCCAGUGACAGAAAUUUAUUGCACCAAGAAGAUUUACCUGAAGUGCCUGAAAUGGAGAGUUCUAAGAGUAGAAAAAGAAAAUCUUCUUCUGUAUCAAACACUUCUCAGACGUUCAAACAAUCGUCCUUAGCCAGUGGGAUGAAUGAAAGUGAAGAAUCAUCAAAGAGACUGAGAAAAAGGACUGCUUCUAUGCAACUUGUUGACUCCUCAGGAGAUGAAGCUCAUGAUAGCGAUGGCUUCCCUUCUGAACCGCCUAGUAAUUCUAAUGCAGAUGGAGAAGAUAAUGACUAUGAUUAUAGAGUUGAUGAAGAUAAUGGUAAUGGAGAUGGAGGGGAAAACACAUCCUGCAAAAAAAGAACUUCAAAAAGGUCAAAGAAACCUGUGGGUGAGAGGACAAAACCAGUUAGAAGACGAAAGACUGACAAUGAUGUGCCGGAACAAACUCAAAAACCGCGCAAGAAGUUUUCUCAUUCCACUCGUCGAAAAAGCAGAUUGAAAGAUUUGCUUAGCAUACCAGAGGAUGAAGUUGAUUAUCAAAGAAUGCCUUUCAAGGAUAUUAUUUUGCUUGCUGGAUAUAAGGAGAAAUUAGCUGCACAAGAGGCAAAAGAGGCAAAGGAUGCUGCAGCCAAAGCAAAAGCAUCAAAGGAUGCCUUAGCUAGUGAAAGAGAAGGUUCUCAUAAUGAAGAGGACACAGAGCAAGAUGGAGGCUAUGCUGAUGACCAAUCAAACUCCUUAUUCAAUUACCAUUCUUUCAUGGACAAAACACCCAUUGCAAGAUGGUCAAAACAGGACACUGAAUUGUUUUAUGAGGGAAUUCGGCAAUUUGGGACUGAUCUAUCAUUGAUACAACAACUUUUUCCUGGGCGAACACGUCAUCAGAUUAAGCUGAAAUAUAAGAAGGAAGAGCGUCAACAUCCAUUAAGGCUUUCUGAAGCUCUGAACACUCGCGCUAAAGAUAAUUCAUAUUUCGAGAAAGUGAUUGAGCAGCUGCAACAAGUUGCUGCUCAGGCAGAACAGGAGUCUAAUGGAGAUGACAUGAUCGGUCCAACAGAUGAGGAAACAGAGUUGAAUCCUGAAACCAAUGAGGAAGCAGAAGCGGCAAAAUGUGAAUGGGAUGAGGAAGCAGCAGUUGAAGAAGAUCAAGGAGAUGCAGGAGAUCCUUCAAAAUAUGAACAAGAAGAAGAUGAUGACUUGGAUUUAUGGAUUGCUUUUUGUUUGGCAUCAGUAGACAAUAUUUCUAUCUAGUGCAUGAUUAUCCAUAGAAAUGAGUUAAUCAAACGGUUGGGUGGAGGCUGGUGUCUGGUAGGCAGUAGCAUUCAUAUGGCGCCUUGCUGUAUUAUUUUUACCUAUUAAUAUAUAGUAGCGAAGUAAACGCCUUAGGCUUUACCAAAUA